UGAAGGAGCUUGCGGAAAUUAGCUAUUUUUCUAGCUAGGUAGCUGAAUAGCUAGAUAAACAAGCAAUUAUAUAUUUUUUCGUGACUUGUGUUUGUAUAACGAUAUAUUACAGAUAUAGUUUAAUGCAGAUUUAACUAACUACCUUAUACGACUUAAUUAAUGCUCGUUAUAUUCAAAUAAUCGGUGUCCACAGGGCUGCUGUCCCGAAGAGUAGCUAGCUGGCUAGGUAGCUAGCUUAUGUUGUUUAUAUUAGUGCGAGAACGAGGGAGCAACUGAGACAUGGAAUGCAACGGUCGCAGAGUUAGAUACAGUAGCUAGCCAAUUUACUCGGUUUCAAAGCUUGGUAGCAGCAGACAUCUGCCAGGCUGUAAGAAAUUAGCAGUUUGGAAUUUUGAGGCCAGGGAUGAGAAUUUGACAUAAGUUCGACUGGAAUCAGUUUCACUAUCUUCGUCGUCAUGGCUUGGGCUCUGAAGUUGCCGCUCACUGAUGAGGUGAUUGAAUCAGGUCUGGUCCAGGACUUCGAUGCCAGUCUCUCUGGCAUUGGACAGGAGCUUGGAGCUGGGGCAUACAGUAUGAGUGAUGUGCUGGCCCUCCCCAUCUUUAAGCAGGAGGAGUCCAACCUGCCGCCUGACAGUGAGAACAAGAUUCUUCCUUUCCAGUAUGUUCUGUGUGCAGCUACCUCGCCUGCCAUCAAACUGCACGAUGAAACACUUACCUACCUCAACCAAGGACAGUCUUAUGAAAUUCGAAUGCUUGACAAUCGGAAAAUGGGUGAACUCCCAGAAAUCACUGGCAAAAUGGUGAAGAGCAUCAUCCGAGUGGUCUUCCAUGACCGGCGUCUUCAGUACACAGAGCACCAGCAGCUGGAGGGCUGGCGCUGGAACAGGCCUGGAGACCGCAUCCUCGACCUGGAUAUCCCUAUGUCAGUUGGCAUGGUCGACCCCAGGGCUAACCCUACUCAGCUUAACACGGUGGAGUUCCUGUGGGACCCGUCAAAAAGAACCUCGGUUUUUAUCCAGGUUCACUGCAUCAGCACAGAGUUCACCAUGCGGAAGCACGGGGGAGAGAAGGGCGUGCCUUUUCGCAUCCAGAUUGACACUUUCAAAGAGAACGAUGGUGAAGAGUAUACAGAGCACCAGCAUUCUGCCAGCUGUCAGGUCAAAGUCUUCAAGCCUAAAGGUGCAGACAGGAAGCAGAAGACAGACAGAGAGAAGAUGGAGAAGAGGGCGCCUCAGGAGAAGGAGAAAUACCAGCCAUCCUAUGAAACCACCAUCCUAACAGAGUGCUCUCCCUGGCCAGAGGUCACCUAUGUCAAUAACUCCCCAUCGCCUGGCUUCAACAGCUCACACAACAGUUUUCCAGUGGCAGAGGGAAAUGGAUCCCCCGGUCACCAGCCAGAGCCAGUUGUUCAGGUGGCAGAUAUUGAAAGCUGUCUGACUGAUACGAUUUUGUCGUCCCAUCUACUUACAAGAGACAGUGAAAGUGUCCAUCAGAAUCUGUUACCCGCGGCAACACCACAGGAUGCUCAGCUGUGGCUCCAUAGAAACCGCUUUUCACCAUUCUGUCGGCUCUUCACUAAUUUCUCUGGGGCGGAUCUGUUGAAGCUGACCAGGGAAGAUGUCAUUCAGAUCUGUGGGCCAGCAGAUGGUAUUAGGCUGUUCAACGCACUGAAAGGACGAGUGGUACGUCCCAGGCUGACGGUGUAUGUGUGCCAGGAGUCCCAGCAGGCUCGGGAACAGCAGCAGAAACAGAACGGAGACACAGCUAGCAGCACUUUUUUCGUGUACCAUGCCAUCUACCUGGAGGACUUGACAGCAGUUGAGCUGACCGAGAAGAUCGCUCAGCUAUUCAACAUCUCACCCAGACAGAUCAGUCAGAUCUUUAAACAGGGACCCACUGGUAUACAUGUCCUGGUCAGUGAUGAGAUGAUUCAAAACUUCCAGGAUGAAGUAUGUUUUGUUUUGGACACAAUGAAAGCCGAGACGAAUGACGGCUACCACAUCAUCCUAAAAUGAAGACUGUCUGGGGGAUUGCCUAACCCCUACUCUGUCCUUUAGACCCAACCCUGAAAGCCCCUCUACAGCCUCGGCUCCUGAUGUUCCUGGACUGUGCUGAAGAUGACCUGUUCCAUUCUCUAGAGGCCUCUGCUAUGGGGAAUGUUUGACUGAAGCACCUUGCCCAUCCUUGAUACCUUACUGUCUUUUUUAAAGGAGUGACUGACUCUAUUUGAGCUGCCAUAUUGAAGCAACACUCUCCAGCCUCCUCCCCUGCUAGAAACCCUUUUAAAACGGUUGCAUUUUCCUGCUUUGCUGAUCAUGUGUUUGAAAAAGAGAAUGGAACGGGAUCCACGUCCUGUUUUUAGAAUACAGUCUCCCAUGAAACGGGAUCCACGACAAGAGAUACAGAGUGCUAUACAUUGGUCUCCAGUCUCCAUCUCCUACUGCUAGGCUGCCUUGCUUGACACCAAGGAUCCAGUUUGUGAGGACUGUUGCUAUGGUUACAUAGCUACGACACAGGAAAGAGAACCUUAACAGGAAGUGGUGUCAUAAUAGAUAAUGAAAGGGACACCGGCAGCCUAUGUCCUUUUCUCGUUUGGGUAAAAGUCUGUCCUCCGUCCUCUGUUCUCUCUCUCCUCCGUGACCCGGAAACCGAUAAGUAGUCGAGGAGUGUGUCAAAUUGUUAGUAGGCAAACGGAAGAUGAUCCUCCCCUCCUCAAUAGCCUCCUUUUGGCGAGGAAGCACAAGUGUAUCCUACCGCAGAAGAGUUUUGAUAUCUCCCACACCCCCUUUGAAUCAGCUGUUGUAUUGUCAGAGGAGAAAAGCAUGCACACAUUUAAAAGCGAUAUGCUACUUUAUCCUUUUAUCUAUAAAAUGUCUUGCACAACAUUUAUUUUGGGAUCCACCCCUGUAAACGUAAUUUGCCUAAUGACGCACGACUGGAGAAGGAGCUUCUUAUUUCAAACAAGUACAUUUUCGUCCACGUUCAAUCUCCUCUCCCCGAUUUACCUUUUUCAAAAGGAGUCGAGAGAGGACGGAGGAGAGGACGCAGGAGUUGAGCAAAUCUAAUUGAGAAAAGGCCCAUGAGAACCCGUCUCUGUCCUCUUCCAGUGAGUGCUGUGCUCCUGUGAAAGCCCACAGUCCUGUUUUCCUGUGUCCUCCUCUAUUACUUGUGAGAGAACAUCUGUGCAGCUUUUCUAGGCCUUUGAACACUGUCAAGACCGUGUCAGUAUACUGUUCUGUUCAUCAUGAUAUGGCCCUCAAUUCCCCGAGCCGACUAGGUGAAGAAUCUGUCGAUGUGCCCUCGAGCAAGACAUUGCUACUGUAAGUCGCUUUGGAUAAGAGCGUCUACUAAAUGACUCAAAUGUAAAGGUAUACAUUAAUCUGAUUGACACACUGUCUUUCUUUAUUAGUGACCACACAACUUACCAGUCUGUCUUGCCCGCUAUCCCUACUUACAUCACACUGUAUUUAUCACUUUACCAUCUCAUUACAAGGGUUUUGGACAAUUCUCAAACCUUUAUUUUAAGUAGAUAGUUGUUUAAAAUAUAUGAAUCAUGUCUUACUUUUGGCAGUUUUAUAACCUUUCUAACAGAUGUGUUCCUACCUUGUUUAGAGAACCACUCUCUUUGCAUUGUUUUUGGAUAUUGCCACUAAUACAUAGCAGUGGGUUGUUUAGGGCUUGCUAAACCUGCAUGUGUAAACCUAGAGUUGGUUCCCAUUCAAUCAAGUUCAACUGAACGCUUCCAGAAUAUGAAUGGCUUGAUAUUUAGAUGUUGUCCAGCUUUGCCCCUCGCACAAGUCAUCAGAACGAUUAAACUAGUUACCCAUA